AUCUUUCUUUCAGUGCCAUUCAUCAAAAAAUAAAUAUUUUUUAUAAAUUAAAAAAGUGACGUUAUCCAAUCUAUAUCAAACAAACGAAAUAUUUUCCGGUGGACAAUUUUUAGUGACUUGACGCAAGUUAAAAGUAUUAAAAAUGCCCACCAAGCAAGAAGAAAUUCAGAGGGAGAAAAUCAGGAAGAUGUUUAGUUGGAGCGAUAAUAUCCAAAGUGACGGGAACGCGGGAGACGGAGGGACUCUGGAGAAUUCAAAUUCACAAAGAAAAAUGCAAACCACAGAUAACGUAGAAGGUGGCAUUUUGCCACCAAGUACUCUUAUGGCUACACCUGGUAUAAACAAUCCAACAUGGAGCAGACAGCAAGCUGUCAGCGUGAGACAUGCAUUCAAAACUUAUGGAAGUAGUAAGAAUCCAAAUCAUGUGCUACAAAACCUCAGCAUGACCGUUGCCAAAGGAUCCAUAUACGGACUUUUAGGCGCUAGUGGCUGUGGAAAAACUACCUUACUCUCUUGUCUUGUGGGAAGGAGACGAUUAAAUUCAGGUGAAAUAUGGGUAUUAGGUGGAAAACCGGGUACGAAGGGUUCCGGAGUGCCUGGGAAGCAAGUAGGUUAUAUGCCGCAAGAAAUUGCACUUUAUGGAGAAUUUACAAUCAGGGAAACCAUGAUGUACUUUGGCUGGAUCUUCGGCAUGUGCACCGCAGAAAUCGUCGAAAGGUUACGAUUUCUCCUCCAGUUCCUCGACCUUCCUUCACAAAAUCGAAUGGUCAAAAAUCUUAGUGGCGGUCAACAAAGACGAGUCUCUUUUGCCGUAGCUCUAAUGCACGAUCCAGAACUUUUAAUACUGGACGAACCGACAGUAGGUGUAGAUCCUCUUUUAAGACAAAGUAUCUGGAAUCACUUGGUUCAAAUUACCAAAGAUGGAAAUAAAACAGUCAUCAUUACAACACAUUAUAUCGAGGAAGCUAGACAAGCACACACGAUUGGUCUCAUGAGGAGUGGGAGGUUAUUGGCUGAGGAAUCACCAAGAAAUCUUCUCCAGAUUUACAGCUGUGCCUCUCUCGAGGACGUUUUCCUAAAACUAUCUAGAAAACAAGGACAAUAUGCCCCACCUACAGAACUCAAUAUUACCAAUAAUAUUAGUCUCGCUUCUUUAAACUGGGGCAAAAAAGACGAACCAGUCUACGUUACGGAGGAGUCUGGAGUUGUUGGCCUCAACUUUCAUCAGAGCAAAGAAGUCCUCAUUCACGACACGACUAAUGGAGUGGGAAGUCAUUAUGACUCGAAUGGCAAAAAACUGCCAGAAGUCAAGGUUGCCUCCACGUUAAGUGGUAAACCACUGCCAGGAGUCAAGGAUGAUUCGACGGUGGAGUGCGAGGACUGCGACUUUUCCGAUUGCUACAAGUUCACCACCACAGGGAAAAUUAAGGCUCUCCUGCAGAAAAACUUUCUGCGAAUGUGGAGAAACGUUGGAGUGAUGUUGUUCAUAUUCGCCCUGCCAGUAAUGCAAGUCAUCCUCUUUUGUCUGGCAAUCGGGAGAGACCCCACGGGACUAAAGCUGGCCAUAGUCAAUCAUGAGAUGUUCUACGAAAACAUGACUUGUCCAGUUUACAAAGACUGCCAAUUUAAAUUUCUUAGCUGUCGAUAUUUAGAUUUUCUCGAUAACACAACGAUGGUGAAAGAAUAUUAUCCGGAUCCUGAAACAGCCUUAGAAGCAGUACGGAGAGGUCAGGCUUGGGGGACACUUUAUUUCACAGAAAACUUCACCGAUGCUCUAGUUGCUAGAAUGACUUUGGGGAAAGAAGCCGAUGAUGAAACUCUGGAUUCUAGUGAAAUAAGAGUAUGGCUCGACAUGUCCAAUCAGCAAAUCGGUCUCAUGCUGGCAAGAAAUCUUCAAUAUGCCUAUCGAGAUUUUGCACAGGAUUUACUGAAAGCUUGUGAUCAGAAUACAAAACUGGCAGAUGUACCGAUUCAAUUCUUAAAGCCAAUUUAUGGAACAAAUGAACCUAGCUUCACAGAUUUCGUGGCUCCUGGUGUUAUUUUAACGAUCGUUUUCUUCUUGGCUGUUGCCCUGACUUCAUCAGCUCUUAUCAUCGAAAGGAUGGAAGGUUUGCUGGAUAGAAGUUGGGUCGCUGGUGUAUCCCCCGGGGAAAUUCUUUUCUCUCAUGUUGUUACCCAAUUUGUCGUGAUGUGUGGACAAACCGCCUUGGUUCUUAUUUUCAUGAUCAUUGUCUUCGGAGUCGAAUGUAAAGGCGAAAUUGGUUUUGUCAUCAUCCUCACGAUUCUUCAAGGCUUGUGCGGCAUGUGCUUCGGUUUUGUGAUCUCAGCGAUUUGCGAACUCGAGAGAAAUGCCAUUCAACUAGCUCUAGGCAGUUUUUAUCCAACUCUGCUUCUCAGCGGAGUUAUUUGGCCAGUGGAGGGUAUGCCAACCAUUUUGCGAUAUAUUUCACAAGGGUUGCCUCUGACGAUGGCCACGACGGCUCUCCGGUCGAUGCUCACUCGUGGCUGGAGUAUUACAGAACCCGAUGUCUACAAAGGAUUCCUCUCCACCAUGCUCUGGAUCGCCGUUUUCCUCACAAUAAGCAUGCUCGUCCUCAAAUUCAAACGUGGAUAAAGCUGCUGAUUCUUCUAGGGUGUUUUUAAAAAAUGCUCUGUGUGUACAGUAUAUCGAAUUCACAAGACUCGUCAGGAUAUGGAAAAAAAAAGAAAAAUCGCACCCGGACGAUCCUGAGCGACAAACUAGAUUCUAGAGUAAUGAAGGCAAAGAGCUUGAGCUCCUAAAAUUUCACAAAAAUGAUACUUUUUUUAAGGAAGUGACAAGAACCUCGCAGAAAAUUUUAUUCAAAAAUAGUCUGAAUUUUAGAAUUUUAAAAAUAUUUACCAAAUAAAACAUAAAUUAGAAUAAAUUUGAGAAAAGCGAAGGAUGAAUUUUCCAUCUUUAUUUGAUCCAAUUAAACUAAAUAAACUAAGAAGGAGAAUAGUUAUUACUCUCAAAUAAAGACUAUUUGAGGCAAAUAAUAUUUUUUAGUCUAUUUUCCCUUUCUCAAAUUUUUGAAUCUGAACAGCUCGAAGAAGUAAAAUUUUCUAGUCUAUUUAUGCUCAAGAAAAUUAAUGGAAUUUUCUUUUCGAGUGUCAGGAUCGUCUCUUAACAGAAAAUUCUCAUCCAUUAAGCGAUGGGGUUUCCAUAAAACCUGCGGGUUACUUGUGGUAGAAAGUUCUCGAGUGAUUGUUGAGUGUGCCUGAGACAGAGUGUAGUUUCUACGUGUUCUCGUAUUGUAACUUAUAUUUGUUAGAAAGUCGCGAUCGCCUUUGCAUAGGCAAAAGUAGGACCUAUGGGUCUAAAUUUAUCGUGGGACGCUUGCAAGUAGAGAAAUUAAUAAUUUUAGAAUUAUGUCAAAGCUGCGAAACUUGUUUCAAUUUCUGACUACGGGAAUUUUAUUCAGGCAGCAAAUUUCGCUAAACCCAUCGAAAAGAUCAGACUUUCUUAUUUUACUUUAGAUUAUAUUUGUAGCAAAAAUGAAUCAGUUCUUUCUAAAUACUUCAAAUAUGUAUCUUUAUUUGAAAAAAUUUAAAGAGUUGGAUCCCAAUUUUCAUAUUUCUUUGGGUCUACCGAAAUUAUUUUGUUAUUUAUUUACAGGCCAGUCACUUAAGGUCUGUGUUAGCUGACGUAUACCUUGAGACAGGUACAAAAAAUGAUUUGUUUUUUUAAUAACCUCGUAAAUGUCCACCCUAGAGCAGAGUUUGCGCAGGAUAAAAGAAACGUAAUUAAAUUUUCUGCAAUAAAACGUUUUUAAUGAUAGUUUUGGCACAGAAUCAAUUGACAAAUAAAUUAACAAACAAUUUUAUGUUCACAUUUUACCUUCUUAUACUACGAUAUACUUUAAUUGUUAUGGUAUUUAAUAAAUUUUUUUCCGAUAAUAGCACAAAAGCUAAUAAAAUUCUACAUGUUAAAAGUCCAAAAUGAAGCCAAAAUGUUAAUAUUAUAAAAAGAUAUUGCAAAAACGUAAAAUAUAGAUGCUUUUUAAAAUAAUGAACAUUUCUUUAAGUUCUUGGUCUCAUUCUGAAGGUAAAUUUCCAUAGUAUUUUGCAAAUUUAUUUAGAUAUUUUAUAGAAUUUUGAUCAAUCUUCGUAGAAAAAAAUCGUAACAUUUCAAAUAGAUUCUUUACAUUUGACUUUAAAAUAUUUUAUUUAAAUAUGAUACAUUGAUUUUUUUAAAUACUAGUAUGUAUUUACACAUUUUUGAAAUUACACGACUUUUUUGUAGUAAGUUUAAUGCCAGAAUAUAGUACAGGACAUUUCUGAAAAAAAUGAUAGGUUAUCAAAAUACUAUGGAGUCUUUGAAUUAUUUUGAGAAUUAUUAGCAUUUUUCAAAAACAUUGACAUUUUUCUAAAUUAACAUUAUACCCUUAUCUUAGGUGUAUAGGCGUAAGAAUUUAUUAGCUUUCCUUUUAUUAUUAGGCAAAAAUGUCGAUUUAUUAUUAUACAAAUUAAGGUACAUUAGUAGUCAGUCUGAUAUACGAGGCUUUUAACACAAAUAAAGAUUAACAAAUAUUAUCUGUGAUUGAUAAAUCAAGUUUAUUAUUUGUUAAAAUGUAUUAUUUAGUGUCUUUUUUAAGAUCUACUGCAGCUAGCACAUUUCAGAUCGAUUAAGACUUUUGCAGUGUUGUAUUUAAACUAUAAAAUACGGUCUCUACCAAAAUCUAUUUUAGAUUUUUAGUAAGACUUUCCGACUUAAAAGUCUAAAGUGACUGACCAAUUAAAAGCUGAAUUAAGUUUUAUUUUCGAAAAGCGAUAAUUUUAAACAUUUAAAUUAGGGGAAAGAAUUUCAGAGCUAAAGUUUGGUAUUUGUAAAUAUGUAUAGGAAUAUUUUGCCUAGAGUGCAUUUUUAUUUAUGGGAAAUUCAAUUAAUAUCAAUUCUCAAUCAACAAAAAUGUAUUCGACAAUUUUUAGUAGAUGUAGGUAAAGUCCCUGAAUUCUUUCUCUACUAUGAAUUAUUUUCGAGAUAAUAAUUCAACGCUCGACUUUAGAUCAAGGCUAUUUUAUUGGUACUUCAAUAUCGCUGUUUUAUCUGCUCGACAGAUUAACCUGAAAUUUUUAUAGAAUAAAUUAUGUGCUCUUUUUCAAUAUUGAA